AUGGCCUGGUGCCGAAAUGCAGCCGUGUGGACAGCACUUUUAGUCUUCGGUGCACUGUCCGGGUCCGAUGCACUGAAGUUGGGCAUCAACUGGGAGACGGGCUUCGAAUCCUCCGGGCUCCAAUGGAAGAGUCCGUUGCCGGGGGAAACAGAGCGGUACUUGAUUGCAAGCUUCCCCAAGGAUUUCAAAAUCAGUUAUGCCAGGCUUCCAGAUCCCACCUGGCGGCCUCUGAUCGUCCACAACUUGUCAAACCCAGCCGCCUUGGCUGUGGAUGAGCAGAACAUGAGGCUGUUCGUAGCAGACCCUACAGCCAGCAAAGUCUUCUGGUACCAGUUAAAGGUGCUGCCCAGCAAAUUCCUCGUCACAGAGGGCCUUCAGCAUGUCGCCGCAGAAAACAUGAUCGCCAAAGGCAUGGCCGUGAGCCAGGCAGGGGACCUGUUCAUUUCUGGCCGUGUGGUCGCAAGCCCGCCUCUCACAGGGCAUAGCGCCAUCUACAAGCAGGCAGCCGAUGGUUUGGAAGCGGCCGCUCCACUGAAGCGGCUCUGGACAGCUGGCGAUGGAUCGUGGAUUCCGGUGCUCAACGCGGAUGGAGCUCCCGCGACAUCCGAGCCUAUGAGUCCUUCAACGCCUGAGAUCUAUCAGCCUGGGCCAGUGGCUGUGGACAUGUUUACCCUUUAUUGGGGCAACGCCAUCAAAGGCAAUGCUAGUGCCUUGGUGCGUGGUCCGCAGACUGUUCCAGCUCCACUUCCCGGAGGGGCGGCUGCUCCCAAGUCCAAGGCUGGCGCACAUGCUCUUGCCAACAACUUGCAGGCUGUCACAGGCCUGACAAUUACGUCUUCCGGCAUUUUCUAUGCCGGCCGUCCGGUGCAGGGCCGGCCAGGCAUCUUCGCGUUGAGGAGUGAGGACAGCCUCAAUGGCUGUGCCGCUGAUGACCACUGUGUCCACCGUGUUGCCCAGGUGUCUAACCCGGUCGACAUGUGCUGGGAUGGUGAUGCCACGCUAUUUAUAGCUGACGCCGGAAGUGGUGCCGUCUUGUCAGUUCCUUCCAGCACAGCGAGCCGGCAUGCAGUGGUGAAAGUGGCCGAAGCGCUCGGAGUCCAUGCCAUCACGAUGCUCACGGUGCCCAGCAUGGCGACGAAGGUUACCGGCCUUGGUGUCGCCCUGGUUUCGGCUGUGGCCAGCCUACUGUCCUCCGUCUAA